CGCGCGCGUUGUGUUGUUUAGUGGGACGUCUGCUGUGGCAGAAGACGCGCGCUCGAGUCGCUCGCCGCACCGUUGUGCCGCUGCUGUGCCCUGCGACGUCGUGUGUGUGACGGUGUGUGCACAACUAUACCCGCAUUUGUCCCCAGCCGUUCGUAGUAAACACGGCGGACCGCGAGCAUCGGCACCGACGCCCGAGCGCCGCCGGCACUGCUAGUAGCAGCUCAUCGCUGCAUGCCGCGCGUCGGCACCGCUGCGCCCUCGCAGCGUCCACAACGACCCGUGGUGUGGCCGCGUAGAUGGAGGUGUUCGGCUGCUGGCCCACAACCACCAAUCGUACAGCCCCACCCUGUUCGUCGUCGGUUCCCUGGAACUGCCGCUUGUGUAGCUGCCCCAUUCAGCAACCGCCGCCGCCGCCCAAACUUCAGGAGGACCCGUUGAGCUUCGCCAAGGAUUUGAAAGACUCGUUGAACGCCCUGCAGCGCGCGGAGCAAGCGCCGCCGCAUCAGGCAUCGCCCGAUAACCGUUGGCUAGAGGAGGAACACUACAUAGCCAGCCGAGGUGUGGGCCGGGGUGCCGCGUUCAACAGCAUGAGUUGCCUGCAGCUCUCCAACUCCAUCCUCCAAAUGACCGCCAGCUCGUGCGGCAAGACGAGCUCAUCGGCGGCCGGCUCCGACGAAGCGUCUUCGGUGCGCCAGCUGCUGCUCAGCGGCGGUUCGUCCUCGUCCAGCCUCGGCUCCUCGUCGGCCCCGGACAGCGGCUAUGGGCUGCCCUUCUGCAUGGACGAUGACCAGGCGACAGAAGCAGCCCCACCGCCAGAGGCGGCGCUGACGUUUCACCUGCCGGACGGAGGCACCCAGCGCGUGGUGGUUGAGGAGAACCUCCGCUGCAUCGACCUGUGCCAUCUGCUGACGCUGAAGCUGAACGUGGCCCGAUCGCCCACCUGGACGCUCGUGGAGAGGAUCGCGCAGCCGAGGAUCGAACGCAGCCUCGAAGACCACGAAGAGGUUCUCCAAGUGUACGCAUCCUGGGGAAAGAACAAGGAGCACAGUGGGAACAAUUUCUACUUUCGUCAAGACUUCAGGAAAUAUGAGUUCUUCAAUUCUCCCCUGCAAUUCUUCUCUCUGGACAUGGUGGAUCUAGGGCCUCAGCUGGACUGCCUGGCAGAGUCAACUGAUCUUGCAAAACUGAUAACUCUGCAGAAUAUCCUCAGCCAAGGCGAGCGUUGUCCUGUGGUGCACAGCCUGCUGUGGUACCGGGAAGCCGGGAAACAGUCCUGGAAGCAGUCGUACUUCCGCGUCGAAGACGGAGAGCUCUCUGUUCUCCCAUCGGGACACAAGGACGAAACGUGGCAACUGCAACACAUUGCCAGCCUGAAGGACUGGAAUAUCUUUGUGCCAUACGACAAGGGCCUAAGUGGACCAACAGCGUUCCAAUUCUGCCUGAAGCCUGUGAGAUCCAGCGGCACCGGAAGCAGCGAGCUAAUGUGGUUUUGCAGUGGCACAGAACAGCAGCGCCAGUGCUGGAUCAUAGCUCUCAGACUCGCAAAGUUUGGAAAGAAACUACGCGAGAACUACAAAGAGCUACGAUCUCGUUACUCCGAGCACGCAUGGGCCCCAGAGCCUUGCCGAGACUCCAUGAGUUCUCCCUGGGUUGCUAUGGACUUUACGGGAAGCAAGGGGCGGGUCAUCGAGGAUCCCCAGGAAGCAGAAGCUGUAGCAGCAGCCGAGGCCCACGUCUGGAAGAGGAAGUUGCCCUGCUGCCGGUCCGGUCAGGCUUCACCGACAACAGUGCCACCGCCAAGCGGGCCUCCCCCCCAAUGGGCAGGUCCCCCGGCUACAGCCGAGCUGGGGCUUCAGCAUAUGCAGCCCUGGUUCUACAGCGGCAUGUCUCGAGAGGAAGCCACCCAGCUGCUGCUCAAGCACGGCACAGUCGACGGCGUUUUCCUCGUCCGGCAAAGCCUCACGAAGCCCGGCUCUUAUGUACUCUGCUAUGUGUACCGAGGAAAGGUCCACCAUGUGCAGAUCAUCUCCGUGGAAGAGAAGGACCAGUUGUGCUACUCCCUUGACAAUGGCCGCACCAAGUUCUACGACCUAUUGCAGCUGGUCGAGUUCUACCAGCUAAACCUGAGUUACCUUCCCACCAAGCUGACGCACUUCCUGGUGCACCAGCCCCGGCGCAAGUGCACACCACCCUCCUCCUCUCCGUCGGCAUCCAGUCCCUUCAAUUGAUGAAGAGCCCAGUCACUAGCAAACCCAUCGUAUGGCUCAACCCUGCCAUCUUGAAACAUGGAUGACCUCCCCUGGUGUGGUGUGUCGUUAAGGGUUGGUGUGACUUACACUUACGCGAGCUCGACGAUGACGUGCUGUGCAGUGUGUUUUCUCUGGGCAGGAGAAGGAAACGCAAGUGUCGCCAAAGCUGUGCAGGACCGGAGGUUUUUAGUGCAGAACCCCUGACCAAGUUUGUUCACGAGCGCCACCAUAGGACGCUGUAAUCCAUCGUACUUGUGUGCGCAGCAGGACAGUACAGGAGAUGCUGUGGCAUGUUUCCUCUCCUUGUUUCUCAGUUCUCCUUUUUUUCUUCUCAGCAGAUUUUAACCGAGGCCCCAUUAUUGCCUCAUCCUUGUCUUGUACUAGUUAUUUAUUUGUGUCUCAGCUAGCUGCCUGGCUGGCUGGGGUCCCUGUCAGUGAUACCAGGGGAGACUUCUAGAGCUCGUUGAAUUGAUGCUUCCCCACACCUCACUUUGCUCGUCACCUUGUUUCUGGUCAUCCAGCACCGUUCUCCAGCUCCUCUGUUGAAGAGUGCGAGAACAUUGUCCAAAGAAGUCACUGGGCUUGCACAAACGUCUGAGGUGUCUUAUGCAGGUUGCUAAGCAGCGGGAAUGUCCGGCCAUGCUAAUUUAGAUGUUAAAUGGGCAUGCAUUGUCACUCCAUAUUCACCUGGAGAUUAAGCCUGACCUGUUUCUCAUACGGGCCUGAUGCAAGCCUUUAUAACUAGUUCACAACAAAAACCAAAUGAAGCCUGAGCUGAUUUUCUUGUCUAUUCUGUCACAACAACUGUGUUCAGUGUAAAAUAUUGUUCAUUUUUUUCUAAUAACGUACUAGACAAUGUAUCAGUAAGAGCACACCUAUGAGCCACACAUAGCUCACAUCUUUGUAAGGUGCUCGUACUCCUUUUAUCCUACCUCCGACAAUACAUGCUGUCACAAUACUGCAUAAUGUUGUGCCCAAUACUAAUAUAUAAUGUCUUUCUUAUAGAAGAAGCAUAAAAAGCAUAUCAAGACUUUCGAUCUUCUGCAUAUUGGCCGUUUAAAGAUUUCUCAUUUGCAUCUUAGUUGUACUGGCAGGGCAGAGUGAAACCGAGACGAGCCUUAACUUUUGUGCUGACAAAUAUGCACCUGUAGAUUGCUGUGCAAAACCAGUAAGACUGCUAUUUGGCAGGUGCACGCAACAAUUGCUGUUCACACAGGCACUCUCUCAUUGCACUGAUUAUUUGUUUUCUCAGGAAUUGCCUAAAAACUGAAUGCAUGUGGCAUUGUAUGAGAGAAAGUCUCCCAUCGUGGGUCCUGUCAGAGCAAUUGCUGCUGCUGUUGCAAGAUGAUGUCCAUGUGUUGGUGGUGUUUAACAGAGCAGCAGCGUAACUGAUGCCAAAGUGGCUAGUGCAUGGCAUACUACAACAGUAGCAAGCUUUGAUAAGAAUACCUUUUGGCUGAAUUAGCAGGAAAAAUUGUUUUCACAAAAAAUGAGCAAAUUUUUUUCCUGUGCUAAAUGUGCAAAAUAUCAAACUCGCGAGUUUAUUUUGCCUAAAUUACUCUUUUUUUUACCUUAAGUCCUAUUUGUCUCUCCUUUUUCUCAUAUUAGAGAUUCCUACUUUAAUGAAGGUACUGUGACACAUUUCUUUUCACCAAAUACUUUGUCCCAAGAUGCGAGUGUAUGCUUAGGAGCACUGUUCACUAUGCACAAAGAUGUCUACGUUGUGUAAGAGGCGAUCCUCGAGCUAGCCUCCAUUUGUGGCUCUUCGUUUUCCUGGAGUCUUUGAUGCUGCUUUUUUGGGUGUUCCUAACAUGUGCAUACUGUCAUGAGAGUCUUGUAUAUACACAUUGUAAUUUGGUACCCAUAUGUCAUGUUUUAGUGUGAAAUAUCUAAACUAGAUGCCAGUGAACAUGUUUGUACAAAUGUGUGCAUGUAUGGUGUGUAUGUACUUAUGAUUUUUUCAGUGCACAUUUUAAAUAUUGUUUGCUUAUAUGUGCAUUUCUGUAAUCCUCAGUAAAACUAUUUACCUUCCAAGAGUCCCACAAAGUGGUGGACAAUAUUUCCAGUGCAUCCGCUGUUUUGGCUGCAUUUGGACGUCUCUGAUGUCUGCAUGUAAAUGGACAUGUCUGUGUGUGGUUCCACGCUAUGUCAUGUGUACUCCUGUGAAAGGCUGCAAAGACUCGCAUGAUUAGAGAUACACACAGCUCACAUAACAUAUUGUACGAAGGGAAAUUUGUAUAUACCCUCAUAUAUUUUUCUCAUUUCCUUUAAGUAGUUAUAUUGAUAUUUGUUUGUCAUAUUUCUGUCCAUUUGCUAUGUUAAAAUGUAAGUUAUUUCAAUUCAUUCACUUAAGUCAGAAUAUUUAAGGGAUGUUCCAUACAUUGUAAAAGAAAGUAUGUUUUGCAAAGCAACACUUAUCAUUAGCAUUUUCAACAACUCACUGCAGCUGAUUUCUUUUUUUUUUUUUUUGUAAAAAUAUGCUGCUAUAGUUACCAACCUUUUGCAGGCUGAAAGCAAGCAGUACUUCCGAUGUCUUCCCAACUCAAACUGAGCAAUGAUGGUAGCUGCAAGUGCCAGGAUCUGCCUUGAAUUUUCGAGUGGUAGAUUCUCUCAUUUUUUUUUUCUCACGCAAAGGGUGGCAUGCAAGGAUGAUAACUGAAACACAUCAUGUCGUGUGUGUGUAGCUGGAGCGUUUUUCUUCUGCCCAGCACUGCCUCAGUUUCCACAGUGAAACCUUGUCAGGUAGCAAACCAUUCUUCUGCAUGUUUAUUUAUAAAGGCAUUGCUUGAUUGAACUGAUCUCAUACUGCUACCAGUCAAGCUCAUUUUUGUCGUUUUUAGAGAAUGGUGGCAACACGUGCAUAGUCGCAACACUUCAAAGUAUCAUUUAUCCUUGCCAGAAUAUUUGGUCCCAACAAGAAAAAUGUUUCUUGAAACCCCUUUGCUUGGCUUAGUUAUUUGUGCAUAAUUGUUGCAUUGUUCAAGUUUCAUAUUUAGCUAGUAACUGCUAUCCUAAAUGUGGAGACUGAAAGUCGAGAGGCCUUUCUUGUCACAUUCUUGAGUACAGUUCCACUCAAUUGGCUCAUGCUCUAUCGUCUCAUACUGCCCACACUGCUCAAAUGUGUUCCUGAAUGAAAAUCACACAAGCCCUAAUUAUUAGUGUGAAAGCAUGAUGCGAAAAAAUCUCUUGCAUCACUGCACUCAUUUUCUCUCUUUAACCAUUGAAUGCUGUUUUGUAACAUACUAUACUAUAUAUGUUGUAUGUUUGCCGGAAUGUGCGUAGUUGACCAUCAUUCUGUGUGCUUGAAUCUAUUUGCAUGAAGUGCGUUUUCACGUGCGAGUCCCACGAUUCCCUUUCCGUCAGAAGUGUGCGCACUGUGUGUGCUUCACCUAAAUAUUGAGCAGCUAUAACGAGGAUGGUGGCUUUGCUGUGGAUUUUGAUUAGGAACAUGUUUGUAGCCAUUUGUCCUGGUUGAUGAGAGGUACCAGUGUGAUACGUGUACUAGUAGUCAUUCAGCAAGCAUUGAGGCUGGCCUCAUUUGCUGUUUGCAUCUGGUGUGAGCUCCCACGGCCAUGCACGCCAUACCCUUAUUUCUCUAGAACUUCUUGACAUAUUUGCUUGUUGUUUUGGUUGUAUUAUACUUUAGGCGUCCUCUCUUUCUUCGCCACUGGCGAGGUUGACUUCACUGCCUAUGCGCUAGUGUAUCACUGAUGCUAGGUAACCAUGCCGGAGGGUUAAAUUUGUGGCAUAAGUUCUGUACAAGCAAGAAUGUCAUAUGGAGAAUCACUGCAGCAUAGAUGCAUAAAACUGAAUCUAAUGGCUGUCUUCGCAAAACUCCCAAUUCUGAAUCAAAGCAUUUUGAAAAUGUGUGUUUCAUUUGAACAUUGUUGUGCAGCCGUAUUUUGUAGCAAGGCUUUCUAUUUUAUACUAGUUUUGGCCUUCAUUGCCAAUUGUCCUGCUUUCACGGUCUUUUCACCUGCAUGACUGGCCAUUCUGCAUGAAAAUGAUGAGAAAAGAAUGACAUUGAAGGAGCAUAACGAUUGGGAAACUCUGCCGUGGUGCAGGCACUUUCUGUGCUUGUGCAUGCUUUUGGUGUGAAGCUUGUGGCAUUUGAUCUAUUAGUGAUCUAUGAUAUACGAAUCUAAUUCUUAUGUCUUAAUAUAUUUAUCUUCUGCUGGUUUAGCACGGCAUUCAUAUGUUCUGCUGAUUUCCUUAAGAAGGAAGUGAUUGAAAUAUUUUGGCCAUAUAUGAUGUAGUGGAUAUUCCAGCUGCACAUAUGUGCAAAUACAUAGUGGGAGCAUGAUAUACAAGGUCAGUUAGCACUAAUGCUUUGACAGAUGUAUGCAGCUGUGUUAUACUUUUUUAUCUGCCACAAAUGCAGCCACUGCAGCUCACCUACAUGAAAAAUGCAUGCAGCUUAGUCUGCUUCAUUUAACAAACUUGAAAUUCAGCAACAUGGUGCACAGUUGAUGGGCAUUUUGAAGUGGAGAGAACGUUUUGUUCUCGUGAGUGUUGUUCUUUGCGCUCGAAAAUUCCUGUCAUUUGGUUCAUUUGUAGCUGCUAGGGAAGAUGUGUGGCUUAGCCAGUUAGCCAGUUUCCUCGAAACUAUCGGAGCUUGCACUGCACACUCUUUUGGGUUUGAUUGCACCCUAUGCUGUUGUGGAACUCCAGCCCUCUGAAAUGAACUUAACCUUCCUAUGAAAACAUGGAACUCCAAAGUCUGAAGAUAUGCAGAUUUAUAGGAAAGCAGGACAAUUGCAUUCAAUUUCAGACAAAGUAGCAAGCUUACAAAAUGUGGUCAAUAACAACGAAAUCCUCCGCUAUGCUUAACCCAGAAGGAAAUGCAGCUUGUCAGCAUCUGCCCCUCUCGCAACUUGUUGCUAUUUUGAGGAAAAAAUGCUCUUUUUUUUUUCCUUUUUUGUGUUGGCACAAUCAUGCACACCCUUUUAGGGAAUAACUUUUUACAGGGAAUGAGCAGGCAACACGCAGUUUGCUCUGCUUUGUGCUUGGGGCACAUCCUGUCCCAAAGCAUUCUACGAUUAAAACGAGACAGGUAAAUGAUGUGCUUUUGCAAGAACAAGGCAAAUAUGCAAGUGUUGAGAGUCGUGUAUGUGUCAUUUUUCGGAAUGUGCCCACUGUCUCAAGUGUUUAUUUAUUGCGAUCAUCAUGUUGUGUCAUUUGUAUUAUGUUUUGUGUCGCUAUUUGAUGAAAACACAGUAAACCAAAAAAUGAAUUGUGAGUCUAUGCAAUAAAAAUUUGAGUAUUCACAGUGGU